AUGGCUUCGAAACUAGUUCAACUCCCCGAGGUCGAGCGGCUAAGUCCCGCGUGCAUCCGCAUUCUCGGAGGCAAUCCUGGCAAAUUCACGCUCCAGGGGACCAACACAUAUUUGGUCGGCACAGGUCCGAAACGACUCCUCGUUGACACGGGCGAGGGCAAGCCGUCGUGGAUCGCUGCCAUCAAACGGACAGUGGAGGAGGAGAAGGCCUCGAUAUCAAGUGUGCUCAUUACUCAUUGGCAUGGCGACCACACAGGGGGCGUUGUGCAACUUACCGACAAUUGGCCAGAUAUCAAGGUCUACAAGAACGAUCCUGAACCUGGCCAACUAGAAAUCGUCGACGGCCAGACUUUCACUGUCAAGGGCGCUUCACUGACCGCAAUUCACACGCCCGGGCAUACUGUUGACCACAUGGUAUUGGUUUUGGCGGAGGAAGACGCCUUAUUCACGGGAGACAAUGUUCUUGGGCAAGGCACUGCCGUGUUUGAAGAUCUAGGGGUUUAUAUGGAUAGCCUCGAGAAGAUGAUGGGUCUCUUCAAGGGUCGAGCGUAUCCAGGCCAUGGGCCGGUGAUCUCGGAUGGCCCAGGAAAGAUCGCCGAGUACAUCCAGCACAGAAAGCAACGGGAGGAACAGGUUGUCCAGACGCUGCGCACCGAAAACCCGGCCGGUGGAUACGCCUGGACCCCAAUGGAGCUGGUCAAGGUCAUCUACAGCGAUGUGCCUGUUGAUCUCCAUCCCGCUGCUGCGGCGGGUGUCUUGCAGAUUCUGCAAAAGCUUCAAAGGGAGGGCAAGGUGUCGGUAGAUGGCGAGAAAUGGACGCUGACUGGUCGGUCUGUCCUGUGA